AUGAUGACCGCCCCCCAGGGAGCCUCGUCAUCCGCCGACAUCACAAUCCAGGAGGUGUACGAGUUCCUCUCCGACCUGCCCGGCCAGGAGACGCCGCGCGGAGCAUGCGCAACCGCAGCCCUGAGCCGCAAUUCGUCCAUGGACUCGGUGCACGCGUCGCUCGUCGCCCAGGCUGCGGCACAGCAGCUGAGCGGCGGAGUUGGUGCAUCGCCUAUGAUCGUACCCGUCUCGGGGCCAGCUGCGCGGGCAGCCCCGUAG